GAAGAAGAAGAAGACGGCAACGAGGUCGACGGCAGCAGCACCGCUUGCUGUUCUAUCAAAGAUGGCAUACCCUAAAUCCCACAACCCAUUUGCUGAUGAUGAUGAAGAGGAAGAGUAUGCCCCUAAAAGUAGGGGGUUUGGUGAUGACCCAAACGAUAUUGGAAUGACCGACGCAGAGAGAAGGCAGAGGUACCUCCAGCAGGAAGUGAUGCGCACUGCUCAGUCUGCUAUGGACAGCAGUUAUCGUUCUCUUGGUCUCAUUUAUGAAUCAGAGAAGAUGGGUGUGGACGCGGCAGAGGAGUUGAUACGUCAGGGUGAGGCCUUGAAGAGGACAGACAGGAUGUUGGAUAACAUGGAGCAUGAUUUAAAAACUAGCCAGAAGCACAUCAAUGGUAUCAAGAGCAUGUGGGGCGGUCUUGUUAAUUACUUCAGAGGCAAGAAUGAAACUAAACCACCACCUGAACAACCCAGUGCCUACCACGCCAGUGACAAACUACAAGAUGCCUUGUCCAAUAGAAGAGAAUUCAAUGAGAAGUACCAAGCCAGCCACCCUAAUCUGAGAAGAUUGGAAGCAGAAGGCUUUGGAGCUGCUGAGAGCACGUAUGAUGGUUCAUCUAAACAGAAUGGAUACUCUCAGAACAAGCAACUUAAGGCAGCUCACCAGACAUUGGACAACAACUUGGAUGAGAUGUCGGAAGGUCUAAGAAGACUGAAGAACCUCGGACUGGGUCUCCAGACUGAGAUUGACAGUCAGGAUUCCUCUGUUAAGAAUCUGCUCAAUAAAGUUGACAAGAUGGAUGGGAAAAUCCAGCACACAAACCAACAGAUCAAAAACCUGUAAUAAAACAAAAGCAGUCAGUGAAAA